UGCCCGGCGGCGGCCGCCAGGUACCUCCCCCCGCCACCGCCUCCUCCGCCCCCUUUUGUGGCGGUGCCGGGCGGCCGCCGGGUUUCCUGCUGACGCUGGAGAGCCGCGGAUGGGCAGGAAAGGCUGCCCCCGCCGCCUCUGCUCCAGCCCGCUGGCUCCUGCCUCGGCCCCCGCUCGCUACGCCGGUAGAAGCGCGGAGCGGGCCGCGCUGAAAGCCCGCCAGGAGAAGCGGGCGGAGAGGGCGCAGGUGCGGGGCAGGCCCGGGCGGCAGUGCUGAGGGGAACGGACAUGGCAGCCCCCGCUUCUUGAAUGCUGUCAGCCGCCCCCCUGCCGCCGAUGGCUGAAGCCUGGAGGCUGGAGGAGGACGAGGAGGAGCUGCGGGAGCUCGGCCGGAGGCACCGGAGGGUCGCCCUGAGCUCGGCGGCAGAUCGCUCUGAAAGAAAUAAACCAGACUGCCGCUCUUCAGGCCAAGGACCCUUGUCAUCUAUAAGAGCAGCAAUCAAGAGAUCUUCUCGGACCUCUAGCCAUAGUGAACAACAGAGGGAUAGAAGGCGUCCUGAAAUUACAAUAGUUGCUGCUGAACCCCUUCGGUCAUCCUCCUGGUUUCCAGGUGCAAGCCCUGUCACUCCUCAGGGAUUAGGAUUCACUUCUGCUUCAUCUCAUGCUCAGUGGAGGAGAAAUGAGCAUAUUCCAGCUGAGCUUCCACCAUCAUAUGAGCAGGUGAUAAAAGAAAUCAAUCAAGUGCAAGUCAAUACAACAAAUAACAAUAAUGCUGCUGCUCCUAGACAUACCACUACUUCUGCAACACAAACUGACUUUCCAGAGGAACUAAUCAGCCAUUUGCCAGGAAGUAAUGUAAAAACUAGUGUGCCUACACACUGGGAAUCUGCAGGCUAUCCAGGGCAGAGUCCUCUUAAGCCUCCUAGGCCUUCUGCAUCUCUCCUGAAUAGGCCUCCUUCAGAAAAUGAGAAUCCCUUAAUAGUCUUUGAAAUUUCUGAAGGUCAGAGGUGCCAAGAAAAUCCCAGUGCUGUGAUAUGUCCUGUGCCAAAGCCAAGAUCAAGAAGCAAUCUCAGACCUGUGGUCAAAAAUACUGAAAGUGAGAAUGACAAUGGAGAGGAAGUGAACCAGUCUACCACAAAAAGGCAGCAACCUCCAAUUCAGUCACCUGUCUUAGAUGAUAGCUUACUAGACAAUCACUUGGUAAUGGACAGCAUGAGUACAGAAAAGAGCCAAAAUAGCAUUGUUUCAAGGAUCAAAGUUUUUGAAUCCCAAGGAACUAAUGAUACCUCAGGAUUAACAAAAAAGCCAGAAAUUGCCCCUCGUUUGUUUGCCCCAAGACCUGUUACUGCAAAGAAGCCAGUAGUUGCUCCAAAGCCAGGGGUAAACAGAAUUUCAGGAGACUGGGAUGCAUGGACAGAAAGCAAAUCAACACCUUCCAAGGAAUUGCAGCCUCAACCUGAAGUAGUUGCGAGCAGUGUUGUAGCCAAACCUGAACUGCCAAAGAAGCCAAAACCUGGCCUCGUUAAAAGUAGUAGUAGUGAUUUUCUUGAUGCAAGGAGUGGAUCAGUUGCAGAGAACAGUGAUGGACAAAAGAAAUUUCCUGUUCCUGCUCCAAGGCCUCUUGUUCCUAAAAAGUCAUGUUAUGCAGAAAAUCCUGCCCUUUCUUUGGCCUCACUGAAGCCGAUUGCUGCUCCCCCACGGGCUUCCAUAUCUGCCCAAGACAAAGGUUUCAAGUCUCUGGGGGAAUUGUCAUCUGCAGCCAACUUCUCAGAACCUGCUUUGCAAAAUAAACCAGAUGUGGAAGGAGAUCUGAUCAGUUUUGAUGAUGACGUUUUGCCCCUAAGUCCAACUUCCAUAGUUAAUGAUAGCAUCAGUCCUGAAGCAGCAGCAGAUCCAUUUCAGUUCCUCACCAAAAGUGAACCUGCAAAGGAACAAACUGUUCAACCACUUAUAGCCCGGAAACCCACUGUGAUCCGAAUCCCAGCUAAACCCGGGAAAUCUUUAAAUGAAAUCCUGCAUAGCCCUCCGCCACUUCCUGCUGAAAAACCUGUUGGGAACACCUCUGAUAUCGCAGUGGGAAAACAGAACAGUGGUGACCUAGUAAAAAAAGUGGAGUCAGAUCAUUCAGAAAAAGGUGGAGUGCCUCAGCUAGAUCCUCUAUUACCCCCAAGGCCUAUGAAUGGAAAAAUUAUACCUGCUCGACCUCCCCCACCUAGAAGUGUUCCUGGGAGGCCACCUCCACCAAAACUCUCUGCAACCAAGACCUCGUCCCAGAAGGAAGCUCUUUCACGGUCUACAUCUGACAUCGCUCCUGACAGAAAAACCAGCAAGUUCAGAUUGGGACCCAAGAGAACAAAAAGUUCAGUCUUUAAAAAUUCAGAUCCAGCUUUACCUCCUAGACCUAAACCAGGUCAUCCUCUCUACAAUAAAUACAUGCUACCUGUGCCUCAUGGAGUUGCCAAGGAAGAUUGUCUUCCCAGGAACAAUGGAGAUCUGUCUUGUAAGGAUUCAAAUCACCCUCCAAAAGUUUCUGACACGAGUGCACCUCAUGCUGUAGUCCUGCAUGAUUUUCCUGCAGAGCAUCCUGAUGACCUGGAACUCCAUUCUGGAGACACUCUUUGUCUUUUGGAGAAAAUCGAUACUGAGUGGUACAGAGGAAAAUGUGGGAAUCGCACAGGGAUAUUUCCUGCCAGCUUUGUUAAAGUAAUUAUUGAUGUUCCAGAAGAAGGCAACAGGAAAAGAAUACCCUGUUCGUCACAAUGUAUUAAAGGCCCAAGAUGUGUAGCACGAUUUGAAUAUAUUGGAGAUCAGCAAGAUGAGCUCAGUUUUUCAGAAGGUGAAACUAUUAUCCUGAAAGACUAUGUAAAUGAGGAGUGGGCCAAAGGAGAGCUCAGAGGCAUAUCUGGAAUCUUCCCCUUGAACUUUGUGGAAGUAAUUGAAGAUCUGCCUGGAACAGGUACAGGAGCAACACUAAAGAACAAGGUGGAGGUUUCUUCUUCCCUUCCUCAGAACAACAGAUGCUCAGAACAGUGGUGUGAAGCGCUUCAUGAUUUCACAGCAGAAACCAAAGACGAUUUAUCCUUUAAAAAGGGCGACUACAUCCAAAUACUGGAACAAGUAGAUCCAGAGUGGUAUAGAGGAAGACUGAAUGAAAAAGAAGGGAUUUUCCCAGCAGUUUUUGUUCAGAUCUGUUCAGCCAGAGUAGAGAUGUCACAGUCUGUAGGAGGAAAGAAAGGAAAAGCCAAAGCUCUUUAUGAUUUUCAUGGAGAAAAUGAAGAUGAGCUUUCCUUCAAAGCAGGUGAGAUAAUAACAGAGCUGGAAUCUGUGGACGAGGACUGGAUGAGUGGAGAGAUACAAGGAAAGUCUGGGAUGUUUCCCAAGAACUUUGUUCAGAUUUUAAAAGCACCAUGAGUGUUGCUUCUCUUUGUACUCCCUGCACACAGAAGAAUGUUUUCUAUCCUAAAGGCACAGCAAAGACAUCAACGUGUUUUGACUAUCAAUGUUUUGCACUACUUUUUCUAGACAGUCAUACUAGUAUCUUGAAGUCAAGUAAGAUAAUUGGAGUCUUCUGUGACAGUAGUCAAGCUUCAUGAAUGCUCUGAGAGCAAAUACAAGCAGGGUUUUUAGUGGUUUCCAACUAGGGAAAUACUGUGGUGCAACACCAUUUUAACUUAAAAUAGCAUUCUAGUACAUUUACUAUCUGGUAUUACAUUUAUCAUGCACAAAGUCUGCAUAAAGCUUCUUUGGGCUUCUUUCAAAUCUUUUUUAAAUCCAAAUUUAAAAAUUGUUUUUUAAGAUUUAAUUACAGAACUCAGUAUGUAGGUCAAGUUUGCUAUUCAGGUUUCAUUACUGCUUGGCUUCCACAUUAACAGUAGAAUCUGCUUGUUUUAUGGCUUAGAAGAUAAGGAAGAUAACUGGUACGUCAUAGCAGGAAAAUAUCAAAUCUAAUUCAGGUGAGAGGGAAGACUCAAAGCAAAUUCUUGGGUAAUAUUCUUCCAUUAUUAACCCAAGCUGCUUAUACAGGAAGAUCACAAAAGUAAAACUUGUAAGUAUUUUGCUUCUCAAUGAAUAAUGUUCAAAUUGGUAUGAAUCAUCUUAGACCUCCUUCCCCCCAAAAUCCUUUCCAGAUACAGGCUUACAUUUUCCUACUGCCCACUGUUCUUCAAGCACCAUUGUGCCCUUCUUUCCCAGCUGCAGUUAGUUGUGACAGACAGCAUUUAUGAGCUUUCUCAGACCCCAUCCAUGCAGUAGCUGCACUAUUCCAACUAUUUACCCCUCCACCCCCUUCAUGUAAAGUGGAAAGCCAGUCUUUGCUCAGCCUGCAUUUCAUUUGCCACUCAAGAACUGGAACAUACUUCAGAACACCAUUCCUGUCCUUAACAUGAAGAAUAUUAUACAGCCUUGGUUUUAGCUUUCAGCAGACAUGGGAUUAGUUUCCAGUUUGUUACCACAUACCGACUAUACUGAGCAUCAUUAUAAAUGGUCUGUUGAGGCCUUAAGGAAAACAUGCCUGGCAAGAGGUUACUUCAAGCAAAGUCAUUUAGUGAAAAGCAGCAGUGUGACUUGGAACAACAAACUAAGAGAGACAUGGCUGAGGUACCUUCAUGUUAUUACCCGAAGUUCCUAUAAAUUCCUUUUCUGCAACACCUGGCUUCUGACAAAAUAGUUGAACACAUUUUGAUUAACUGCUAAUUUCAUCAGACUGGAAUAGAAAACACUACCCUGCAGUUGGCUCUUGCAUUGCCGACUGUAUUCCAGCACUUUUGUACUAAGCAAAAAGGAACCAGUAAACUGUAAGCACGAGUCCUUACUGCAGAAGAGAUGUAGGUCAUUAGGUAUUGGGAUACUCUUACAGGAUUUUCUUGUAGGUCUGGAAGUUCACGUUGCAAAAGGGCCAACAGUUGUGUGUUGGAUGGAGACUGGAAACUAGAGGCAUCGUGACUGAUCUUGAGAUGCUUUUAACUUAGUCACAUACCUGCCUACAGCUUUACCAAUGGGAGGUGUAAUAUUAUGACAAGUACCUGCUGCUGCCAAAGACUGGGGUGCAUCUAAUUUAGGAUCUAAGCAAACUGGUGAGGACAACCCUCCCCCUCCCUAUGCACUGCACUUUGAUUACCAUCACAGCAGGUACAGGACUCCCCCACAGCAGGGAAUGGGCUAAGUGAGCCCAAGGAACAUGCAGCACAGGCAUGAGGUCCUCAGCACUGGUUUACUCUGCACAAUCACAGUUAUGGCACAGUACGUGCAAAUACAGACAUAGACCUUAGUACUCCUUUUUUUAUUUCUCUAGAAGCUUCAUGAAUGUGAAAUGUUGUGUAUUUAAACUGAGCAAUAUCAUUCACACAACUGGGGGGGGGCAGAUCACACAGUUUUAAUUAAGCAGAAACUGGAUUUCUGCUUUCAUUAACAGGAUUAACAUAGAAACAAUUAUAAAUCAUGUGCUACUCUAGAAAGAUGAGAACAUGACAAUUUAUAUACCUAUUAUUCAGUUUUAACAUCCCUAGCAAGUCUGUCCAGAACUCCUGUGGAAUCAAACUUCAGUGUAAGUAAAUCCACCAAGGACAACCCUUCCCACUCCCCAAGCUAUCCUGCCAGGCCAUUCAAAGGUUCUUGUUGUUUACUCCAAUAAAACAGCCAUCUCUAUCUAGAGAAAUCCAAGGAAACACACAGCUAUCUAGCUUGUCUGACUCCUGCAAGCCCACUGAAGGCUUUUCAACCACAAGCUUUGAGUGGGUCACCCUACUGAGAACAGGCUUCUUCCACCAUGACCUGGGCCACUGCAGUCCUGACCCUCCAGUGAUCUCAGUGUGAGAACAGAACCAAGCAGAGCCCACACCAACACGAUACCCAGGUCCUCCCAAGACCCACCACAUCACUGGGGUGGUGGAUGAGGCUGAAGUGUAUGAUGUUUACUUCCUGUUUGUCUGGCAGUUUUCUAAGAUUUUGAUACAAGUCUCAAAAGUAGAACUGACUUUUUCUAUUUUUUUUUUUCCCACUUUCCUCGUCCCCUUUUUAUAACUCUGUAUUGACCGGUUUGGCUUUUUUUUGUAAUUUCCACUGAAUGUGCAAAGUCAGUGCCUGACGAUGGCCACUGCUUUAUUUGAACCACCUCCUCCCUAUCACGCAGGGCAGGAAGAGCAGCAAAGCCUUAUCUUCAGAGCAAGGAGUGCCAUCUAAAGGCUGCUUGCAUUACUGCAGGCAGCUACAAGAGCCUAGUUCUUAAAACGCGAACAAGUUCCAUGCUCGGCUUUUACAAGAAGGGAUUUUCUUAAGACCGAUUCCUCAUGUCACCAUGAAGCUGCAUAUUGAUGGUAACGUGAAAUUCCUGAGGUGUACAGUGCAGAAUUUGCAAAAAAGAAGAGAGAAUGAGGUGGAGCACAAAUCCUAUCUGCAAUAUAGCAGCAAAUUUCAGCUGUAGCCUUGAAAUUCUGCUAGACCCCACAUAUAUGAUAGUAAAAGCCUCAUUUAUCAAAAGCCUUUUCUGUUUGACCCACCCUCUGGAGAUAGCUUCAGGAAGACAUCUGUGUUAUGUGUACAAUUAAGUGUCCUAAAUAAAUCUUUGUUAAGUCCAGUAAAUUUGUUAUGGUACCUCUGUAAAUUAAGAAUGUAUUUAACCAAUAAAAUUUUUAUAAUUAA